AUGAAGUUUUCUGGCGCUGUUACGUUGUUCGUUUCGGCCCUUGUGAUGCUUGCUAGCCCGGUUGCGGCGGCCAAGGGACCAAAGAUUACGCACAAGGUCUAUUUCGAUAUCAAGCACGGCGACAAGGAACUUGGACGUAUUGUCAUGGGUCUUUACGGUGGAACUGUUCCCAAGACUGUUGAGAAUUUCCGUGCUCUUUGCACUGGUAAGAACAAAGACGGCGCCGAGCUUGGGUUUAGCUACAAGGGCUCGACUUUCCACCGUGUCAUCAAGCAAUUCAUGAUUCAAGGCGGUGACUUUACCAAGGGUGACGGAACCGGUGGAAAAUCUAUAUAUGGUGACAAGUUUGCCGACGAGAACUUCAAGCUCAAGCACACCGGUGCUGGCACUCUCUCCAUGGCUAAUGCGGGCAAGGACACUAACGGCUCUCAAUUCUUCAUUACUACUGUUACGACUAGCUGGCUCGAUGGUCGCCACGUCGUCUUUGGAACGGUUAUGGAGGGCAUGGAUAUCGUCACGGAGAUCGAGAAUGUCAAGAAGGGACCCAACGACAAGCCCGUGGACCCCGUCGUCAUUGCCGAUUCGGGAGAACUCAAGAUUGAAUUGGAGGUCGAUGAGAACGGCAACCAGGAAGUGCAACCGCCCGCUAAAAAGCCAACCACCGAAACUGGAACUGGAAUUGAAACGGGAAAGGAGACGACCAAGGAGGCUUCGAAGGAGGAGCAGUACAAGAUGCUUUCUUCCCCGUUGCACUACUUGCUCGUUUUGCUCGUGUUUGUGGUUAUCCCGGUGACUGCUUUUGUGCUUCUCGGUGGUAUGCGCCUGGUACGCCGUGUACUGGGAAGGGACAUCAAGGGCAAGGGACGCGAGCGGGACUCGCGUACCCGGGGACGAUAUGGCCGCCUUGCCGACGACGAAGAAAAAUAA